CAUCGACGAUAGUAUAAUACUAUUAAAGAGUAGUAAGCAGUGUGAUAAAACAAAUUUCACCAUUAUUAGACUGACUCUCAAGUGUUCAUAAUUCAUAUUUAUUAUUUUGUGAUGCAGGUAUAUGUAGCAUAUUUAAUGAAAACAAUGUAAUGAUGAUGGAGCAGAGAGAAUUUGACGAGGAUGUUAUGCCAAGUGCUAUAGAUGAUGACGAAGAUGUGUUCAAAGACCUGUUAAAUGUACCGGCUGAUUGGUCAGCAAACGACUGUUUGUCCACCGGCAUUUUCAAUUCGUUUGAUCCCAAUGAAGUUGUAUAUCGGGCCCAAAAGAAACCGUGUAAAACAGUCGGUAAAUAUGUAAUGGGCGAUUUAUUAGGAGAAGGUAGUUAUGGUAAAGUUAAAGAAGUACUCGACUCAGAAACGCUUGUUCGCUGUGCAGCUAAAAUAUUAAAGAAGAAAAAACUCAAACGAAUACCUAAUGGAGAAAAAAAUGUGCUCAAUGAAAUUCAACUUCUAAAAACUUUGAGACAUUUAAAUGUCAUAGAGUUAGUAGAUGUGAUAGUAAAUGAAGAAAAAGAAAAAAUGUAUCUUCUUUUGGAAUAUUGUGUUGGUGGUCUUCAAGAUAUGCUAGAACACUCUCCAGGGAGUAAAUUUCCAUGCUGGCAAGCUCAUAACUACUUUAGUCAGUUAAUAAAUGGACUAGAGUAUUUGCACAGCCGUGGAAUAAUUCAUAAAGAUAUUAAACCAGGGAAUUUAUUGCUCACACUUGAUGAAACACUUAAGAUAUCAGACUUUGGAACUGCUGAGGCAUUAUCACCCUUUGAUCCAGAAGGUAUUUGUGCAUCUAGUCAAGGCUCACCAGCAUUUCAACCACCUGAAAUAGCAAAUGGAGCUGAUGAGUACUCUGGCUUUAAAAUAGAUAUUUGGAGCAGUGGUGUUACAUUGUAUAAUUUAGUUACAGGAGAGUAUCCAUUUGAAGGUGAUAAUGUAUAUAGAUUAUUUGAAGCAAUUGGGAAAUGUAAUAUACAAAUUCCAAGCUUUGUGACAGAACCUUUGAGAUCUUUGCUAGUUGGAAUGCUUAAAAAAGAUCCAAAGAAACGAUUUACCUUAAGAACAAUACAAACACAUCCGUGGUUUGUUUGUAGACAUCCAAGAACAUCCGAAAAAGUACCUUUUCCUCCUUUGCGUGGUGAUUUCAUGCAUAAUAUGACUGUAUUGCCAUACCUAUUCAACUAUCAUUCGUGCGAAACGCCUUCUGAAAAUGAAGAAGAGUAUAUAACUGAACAAUUAAUUAAAGAUCGACCGAAUGGGAGUGCAUCAGUUCCCAUCGAUGAUGUCAAUGAUCCAUCUAAACGACCUUGGCACAAGCCAAUUAUGUGUAAUGUUAAAAAAAUGGCCUCAUGUCGAUUGUCAUGACAUUUGUCGCUCAUUUUAGUAUUGCAUCUUUCAUAUUGUUUUAUAUUAUAACCAUAUUAUUGGUUGAGAAGAUUUAAUUAUUUUUUGAGGUACAUGUGAAGUGGUUAUUUUCUCUUUUAUGAAAUCAAAUCUAUUUGUUUCACAACAAUGACAUUAUAUAAGUUAAACUAUUGACUUAAAUGUAUUUUUUGAAUUUUAUUGAUUAUUUAAAGUUUAAUGAUAAAUGAAAACCACAAUAUUUCUAAUUAGUGUAUAUAUUUUGAAAAAAUAAAAGUACUGUGGAGAAGACUAAAUUUGAUGUAUGAAAGAGAAAAUUAGUACUCACCUACCUUUAAUGUUUUGUUUAUUCAUUAUUUACUUUUUCAUAAAUAUAUAUAUAUUAUAUAUGUGCAAAGAAACCAUUUCAUAUUAAAUACAUUUUGUUUGCUUUUUUUUAAAUUUAUUUAUUUACAAAUAUUAUAUUAUUCUUUAUAUAUAAAUAUAUAUAUAUAUAUAUAUAUAUAACAAAAUAAAUUAUAAUAUAAUUAAAGAUGAGCAUCUUGGUGUUAUAGUAUUUAUAUAGAAUGAAUAAAAUAGUAUGAUGUUUAGAUGUCCAAGCACUAUAAGUAAGUAUCUAAAAUCUUUUUGUAUAUUGUUUAAUUUAUAUUAUUUAUAAAAUACAUAAAUUAUUGUAUUUUUUAUGAUGUUAUGUGUGUCUAAUUUGGUAUGAUUGUUUGGCACUAAAAUGUAUAAUGUUAAUAUAGUACCUAUAUUGGAGUGGUUUAAAAUAGAAUAUUCUAAAAAUUAGGUGUCAUACUCAGUGAUUACUGAUAUCUAAUAUUUUGAUUAUUUAUCAGUUCUACUAUAAUCUUUUGGUUCAAGAGUAGGCUUUCAACUUCUUAUUUACUCAAUUACAUGAUUUAUAAAUUAUUUAUUAGGUAAUAUAAUACUUAUAUGAAUCAAUAUAUUAAAUAUUAUACAGAACUAUCUGUGAUAAUAACCGUAAAUUGUUGAUAAAAUUAUGAUUGUAAAAUUUGUAGUGGUUGAAAGCAAUGUCACAUUAUUUUUGAUAAAUUAAAUAGAUAGACCUAAAUGUAUUUAGUUUUAGUGGUCCACAUUUCAAA